AUGACGAUUUCGGACUUUGAAGAGGCGAUUCCUGUCGAUUUCGACUGGAGUGAAGACGUUAUCGACCACGUUUGGGCGCAGGACGAUGAGGAAAUAGACGCAAUGGAUGAAAAUGAGGACUAUCUCCACCGAGAAGUCCCAGAGCAGGAGUUGCUUGACAAGGAUGUGAAUCCGGUGCACGUCUUAGAUGUUCUGAAAGAAUUAUACGACGAAAAUCAGAUCGAAUGGUUCCAGAACUCUAAGGGCAAUAUUGGCACUCAUGCUGAAUUCAAGAACGGAAAUGGCUAUAUUUUCUACAUGAACUGGGAAAACGCUAACCUCGUCAAGUACUACCCAAAGACAGGAAGAAAGUAUGUCAUCAGCUACGGAAACUGGCGAUAUGCGGAUAUUCCGCUGAACGAUAUCCUUCGAGCCCAGCGAAAGAGAAAACUAGAUGACGAUGUGGAUGGUGAUGACAGUGCUGCAAAGCGACAGAAAAUGGAGAUUUCAACCACCAGCUCGAAGUGA